AUGGCUGGCGGUGUGCUGCGGGCCAAGAGUGCUGUGCGGCAGGACUGGACGUGCAAGUCCUGCGUCAGCAUGAGAGGGCGAGCGGCCGUCAAUUGGGGGACGGCGCUCAAGUGUCAGGGCUGCAGGCUGCCCAAGGCCACGUGCUUCGGGGCGAACGUCCCGCUCCCUGCGGCGGCCAUGUCGAAGUCGAAGUCGGGCGCGGCGCCUGGAGGCGGCAACGGUAAGGCCCCUCCCUGGGCUGGGCCUCCGCUCUCGGUGCAGCUGGCCCAGGCGCAGCGCGAGCUUGCUGACCUCAAGAAGCAGCUCAAGGCCGGUGGGCCUGCCAGCGCUGGCGGGCCGCUCGGCGGGGCGCAGGCCAUGGAGGUCGACGACGGCGAGGGCGCUGGUGCUGAAGACGCGGCGGUGCUCGCCGAGCUCCACAUGUGCGAGUCGGGCCUGCACGCCAUCAAGGAUCAGACGGCGGACUGGGCCACGGCGCCGCGGGAGGAGCUGCGCGCCAGGCUGGAGAAGGCCAAGGCGCGGCUCUUCGCCAGCAAGCAGCUCCACGUUGCCGACCUCCUGGAGCAGCAGGCGGCGCUGCAGGCCGAGCUGGCGCAGCUGCAGCAGCAGGCGCCCCAGGCCAUGGCGCAGGACGUCAUCGGCGGGCUCGGCAUCACGGCGGGCGAGCUGGAGGCCGUCGUGCUGCAGCAGCUCCCGGCCCACCCGAACGAGGAGCAGCCUGUGCCAGCGGAGGCGCAGAAGCGUAUGGCAGGCGAGCUGGGCGAGCGCGUCGCGGAGUUGUGCAUGUCCAAGCGGGCGCGGCGCGAGGAGGCCCCCGCCGAGGAGCAGGCCAGCACCAGCCAGGACCUCGCCAGCACCGCAGGAGCGGUGCGCGAGGGCGCAGAGCGGGACGGGCAGCCCCAGCCAGCGCACGAGGCAGCAGCGCCUGGUAGCGGCAACGGCUCAGCCGCCGUGCCGCGUGGGCAGCCCGAGGAGGAGUCUGUGGAGCAGCUCCAGCAGCAGCUGCGGAAGCACGGCCUGGAGCUCGAUGGCGGCGAAGAGUCGGUCGUGCGCGCCCGCUGCGCUGCGCUGGGCAGCGGGGGCUUCCAGCCUUACUAG